AUGGAGCGCUGCGUGUUCUGCGGGUGGACGCGGAAAAACGCGUACGCUUCCGUACGGUUUUUCGGGGUACCGAAGGAGCCGGGGCUGAAACGAGUGCAGUGGCUGUACGCCAUCGGGAAUCGAGAAGCGAGCGGCAAGCACGACCGCGUGUGUUCGGUGCAUUUCCGUAGUGGGAAGCCGAGCAGCGACCCCAGUCACGAGGACUUUGCCCCACAUCUCUAUCUCAACAAGGAGGCACCGCCCGAGUUUAUCCACUACCUGGAGAAGUUGGCCGAGGUCAGCGACCCGGCACUGCAGAAGAAGCCCGCCCAGUAUAAGGCGUCCGUCUCGGUGAACGACCCGAAGAAGCUCGAGUACAACAAGGUCACCCGCCCGAGCAUCUUGCAGAAGCGCAAAAUACAGCACGAAGAGCCGUCCUCAGCAGCGUCCCAGAUUGAUGUUGACGAGAAUGGCGGCGAGGAAGAAGAUCAACAACCGGAAGCGGCCCUCCCCUACCACAUAGCCCCCGUGAAUAUCGAUGGCGAGGCGCGGCCGAUGCGGCUGUAUCCCAUGCAAAAGGACUGGCUGAAGCAGACGGGCGCCGUGCCGGGGAUGAAGAUCAUCUACCGCCUGUCGCACCCCGAGAAAAAGGCCCUCCGUAAACAGGAAUUCCCCGGAACGCGCAAAAGGGAAAUGGUCCGCAUCCGGAUGGAGGACGAGCAUGGGAACAUCAUCGAGGAGCGGUACGUGAGCGAGGGUGACGCGCGCCGAAUGCACGAGCAGAUGGAGAUGCAUCAGCUCGACGACCCCGAGCAGUCGAUCGACGUGGCCGAGGAGGACCUGAUCUAUGGAUGCUGGGCCAAAAGGAUUGUCGGUUUUAGCCGCGCCCGAUGCGACGCGGUCAACUCGGAGUGGUUGCAUGAGAACUUACGCCAAAUCGCAGCCGGCAGCCGCACACGAUGCACGAACGUCUCGCAGACCAUCGAAAAGGUCAACGUCCAAGUCAACUCGGCUCAGCUUCAAGAAUUGCCGUGGAGAAUUCGUUGUCGGUACGUCGCCGCUCACAAGGAAGCGGAAUAUAUGGAAGGACGAACGGUGGAGAAUGCAAAUGAUUUAAUCCGCGAUUUCUUGAUCAAGCGCCGCGACUUGUGUAUCCGGAACAUCCUUCGUUCCACAGAAGAGUUCGUGGGUGCCAUGAUGGGUUACGGCCCGAAGGGCGAGGCCCUUCUCGCCACCGCGGACACUGCCUACCAGGCCACCCGAGCCCAUUUUGAAUCUUACAUGCGAGCCACCGAUCGGCAGAUUAAUCCGGAUCGUGAGGAGUGGCUGCUCCCCCUCAACCACCCAGCAAGUUUU